CGCACAAGAACGAAAGCGCUCCUUGACAGACGACUGUACCAAAUUGCAGUAAAACGUCAGAGUUCGUGUAGCAUCUUGAAGGACUCGAAGUCAUAUGCUAAAUGCGAGACGUAAUGUGGCUGCUUCUCACCACACCUUUUGUCAGCUGCGACCUUCCUCAUCGUUGGCAGAGAUAUAGCAAACCCGACAUUGACGUGCGCAAACGUUAUCGGGACAUCCGAUCGGUCGUUACCCAAGACGUGGGGUAUCGUCACCAAAACCCUUGUACGCCCUGUUCGUCUGUCUUACAUAGCUGUAGCGAGGGUGGCACGAUAGGAGUCUAAGCGGUCGGCAUGAUAGGAGUCUAAGCGGUCGGCAUGCUACCAAUGCGGGGCUGAUGUUUGGCAUACGAAGGAAUUGUCCGUUGUUUGUAAUCUCAGAU